CUCAUCUCGGAUUCUCCAGGGAGACUUUAUUACCUCGCCAUCUGGCCCAAUGCCGUCACAACAUUCAAUCGCACGUUUCCCGCACCUUCACGGCCGAUAGAAACUCUCGUCACGCACCUCGACAUCUGGCCGUCGACCCCCUUCCGCACCAAACCCUCCCUACACGCACGUACGUAGCCGCGAGCGCGCCCUCACGACACGCACGAUGCUUAACUCUCGCCGCGCCCUCGUGGCGGCGGUCUUCAUCCUCAUUGUCUUUUUCCUCAUUACCCGAUCGCACGAUUCGAGCUCGGACGUCGCGUCAUCAAAUACCAAAACUGAAAAGACCUCCUCGUCGAAUAAUGGCGGCAGCGCUGCUGACCCCCUUGCUGCGGCCGCCGAGAUACCCCCCGAGAAGCCCAAGCCGGCGCCUGCCCAGAAGCCGAGGAAGGACAUGUCGCGCAUGAGCACAUACGACAAGCUCGCCUACGCGUACCCGUACGACGUGGACACCAAGUUCCCGGCCUACAUCUGGCAGACGUGGAAAUACGGCCCUACCCAGGCCGAGUUCGCCUUUCGCGAGCAGGAGGCCUCGUGGUCAGACCAACACCCUGGCUUCGUGCACGAGGUCAUCACGGACGAGGUGGCGGUCAACAUGCUGCGACUGUUCUACGCGGCCGUGCCGGAGGUCCUGGAGGCCUACCAGGCGCUGCCACGCCCGGUGCUCAAGGCGGACCUUUUCCGGUACUUGAUUCUGUACGCCCGAGGCGGCAUCUACUCCGACAUCGACACGUUCGCCAUCAGGAGUGCAGUGGAAUGGCUGCCGCCCCAGAUCCCGCGCGAAACGGUCGGCCUUGUCAUUGGCAUCGAGGCGGACCCUGAUCGCCCCGACUGGGCGGAAUGGUACAGCCGCCGGAUCCAGUUCUGCCAGUGGACCAUUCAAGCGAAGCCGGGGCACCCAGUGCUCCGCGACAUUAUCACGCGCAUCACGAACCAGACACUGGAGAUGAAGCGCUCGGGCAAGCUCGCGAGCUUUCUGGACAAGAACAUUGUCGACUUCACCGGCCCCGCGAUCUGGACGGACACCAUCUUUGACUACUUUAACGACGAGCGGUUCUUUGACAUGCGCGACAGCAGCAAGAAGAUUGACUGGAAAGACUUUACCGGGAUGGAGACGAGCAAGCGGGUGGGUGACGUCGUGGUCCUGCCCAUCACGAGCUUCUCACCGGGCGUGGGACAAAUGGGUGCCAAGGAGCCCGAUGAUCCCAUGGCAUUUGUGCUGCACAACUUUGAAGGCACGUGGAAGCCCGAGAGCGAGCGCCAUAUCGGCGAACAGCAGCAGGUGAUGUAGCGCGUCGCGCUGCUCAGACCUGACUAACCCUUAGUCUACAUUCCCGACGACCGGAAUGACAUGAAGCCCAGCUCAGCUCAGUCCCUUCCUGUCAUCCGCCGACUGUACAUAUCAAUACCCGACAGCCAUGUGUUGUCUCCCGCAUUGGGUCGAGCGUGCGGCGCUGUAUAUAUUGGAGUUUGGCUGCUUUUGGGAACGUAAUUUCGUUCAUUCAUAGCGUACUAUAGAGGAUGCGUGCGGUCAAAGGGGACAGUCUCAGCAGGCUGAGUGGGCAGUUCCCCAGCCACGCACCAAAGAGAUAGAGGCGCCUGGAGCGACAUGAGAGGAUCGAAUUGCA